CUUCGUUUUCCCAUCACUCAGAUUCAUUUCCUUUCCAACACUUCUACGAGAAACAAACGUUUCAUUCUCCAAGCUCUUCAUCUAUUUCCCAAUGGCGCGUACCAAGCAGACUGCUCGUAAGUCCACUGGCGGGAAAGCUCCGAGGAAGCAGCUGGCUACUAAAGCAGCUCGGAAGUCCGCUCCAGCCACCGGAGGAGUCAAGAAGCCCCAUAGGUUUAGGCCCGGAACGGUUGCCCUGAGAGAGAUCAGGAAAUAUCAGAAGAGCACGGAGUUAUUGAUCCGGAAGCUUCCAUUCCAGAGGCUGGUGAGAGAAAUUGCGCAGGACUUCAAGACCGAUCUUCGCUUCCAGAGCAGCGCCGUCGCAGCUCUACAGGAGGCGGCCGAAGCGUACCUGGUGGGUCUCUUCGAAGACACUAACCUCUGCGCCAUUCACGCCAAAAGAGUCACUAUCAUGCCCAAGGAUAUCCAGCUCGCUCGUCGGAUUAGGGGGGAGAGAGCAUAAGUAGGGAAAAAAAUCUCGGAAAAAAAUUGCUGUAGUAGUAUCGCUGGAUUUCUUUUAGGUUUCUUUUUUAGAUCAAUGUUAUUCUAUCUUCGUUGCAAUAGAUCUGGUUGUUUGAUUUGCUGAAUGAUUGAGGAAAGUCGAAGCCAUGGUUUUCUAAUCUUCUGUUUUCGAAGUGCUGGAUCUGUAAAAUGGAUGUGUUUUUAGCAACAAGCUUUUAAGAAUUCCAAGGAAAUGUGUAAUAGCCAAUCCCGAUUUGGUUUGCAUUGCGA